GAUAUACACGACAAGUGUGUAUUCGCAUAAAUUGUAUUAUUCAACAGAAAUGCAUUGGCUGAGUUCGAAGGCAACGUCUAGAACUAGAACAAAUUCGCGCUUCCGCACAACUGAUACGGCAACUACUUCCUCGACAAUGCACAUAACAACUUCCUACGGCAACGUCUGGCAACGCCAACAUUUGGCGCUAUUCACAAUGCUGCUGCUGCUGAUGGCAGCACACAUCAAUAUUGCUUCCGGUCAAAUCGAUUGGGACGACGACGACGAUCCAGUUAGCACUGUGGCUGUGGAGGCAGUGCUGGGACGCACCGCAUCCUUGCCGUGUGACAUUGAGCCCGAGGCUAAGGACGAUCGUGUCUAUAUGGUGCUCUGGUUCCGUGAGACCGCUGGCAAACCACUUUACAGCUUUGAUGUGCGCGGGCGGCCCUUUGAGAAGGCGCUCUACUGGUCGGAUACCAACUCAUUUGGGCCACGUGCGUAUUUUGUUACCGGACAGCAGCCGGCGAAAUUAUCUGUGGAAAAUAUACAGCUGGACGAUGAGGGCGUUUAUCGCUGUCGCGUGGACUUUCAGAACUCGCCGACGCGCAAUCAUAGAAUUAAUUUAACGGUCAUUGUUCCUCCGCAUCAGAUACUCGUGUAUGAUGCCUCAGGCCGAGAUGUGGCUGGCGCUGUGGGUCCAUUGCUCGAGGGCGAUAAUAUUGUGUUGACAUGUGAAGUGCGUGGCGGUCGACCGGAGCCGACUGUCACAUGGCUGAACGGCUCCAGGACUCUGGAGGCUGGCAGCGGCAUAUCGAUGGGCCGUCAUGUAACUGUUAAUCGACUGGAGGUGCCACAAAUAACGCGUGCGGCACUCAACAACACAUAUCGCUGUCAGGCGUCCAACACAAAGCUGGUGGCGCCCGUCGAGCGUAGCAUACGCAUUGAAAUGUUAUUGAAGCCGACGUCGGUGAAUUUGACCAACAAGUUGAAGGUAUUCUCAUCGAGCACACAAUAUAAUCUCACGUGCAUUGUGGCCGGCUCGGUGCCGGAUACGGAAAUCAGAUGGACACAGAAUAAUCGACCCUUCAAACGUGGCACGCUGUCAACGAGCCAGGGCAAUGGACGCGUGCUAUCCACUUUGUCAUUUUAUCCACAACCUGAAGACGAUGGCACCAUGCUCAAAUGCGAGGGUUCAAAUCCCCGAUUACAAAACUCAGCCAUCGAGGAUUCGCUCAUGCUGAAUGUCAUGUAUCCGCCACAGGUCAGCUUGUCGCUGGGCUCCACCCUGCGGCCUGAUGAUAUCAAGGAAGGCGAUGAUGUUUAUUUCGAGUGUCACAUCAAGGCGAAUCCCAAGGAGCAUCGCAUAACCUGGUCGCACGAUGGCCUGCCCGUUACACAGAACGUCUCCUGGGGCAUCAUCAUAUCCACGCGCAGCCUGGUCCUGCAGCGUGUGGGACGCGUUCAUUCCGGCUACUAUGCCUGCUCGGCGGCCAAUGAUCGCGGCGAGACGCAGAGCGCGCUGGUCAAUCUACGGAUACGCUAUGCGCCCGUUUGCAGCAGCAGUGUGAUUGGGGUUAUUGGCGCCUCCUUGGAGGAGGCGGUGCCGAUACCGUGCCGCGUCAACUCCGAUCCGCCGGAAAUCGAUUUCGAGUGGACAUUCUCGAGCAGCGGCGAGCAUUUCGAGGUGCCAUCGGGACACUAUGCGACCAUACAGGAUCCAACCAUGAGCACCAGCAGCGAUGUGCGACGCACCGUUGUCGAGUCCAAUGAUACCCACUUCGAGAGCUACGUGGAAACAAUAAGUGAGCUGAUCUAUACGCCGAAGGGCGAGCGGGACUACGGCACGCUGGCGUGCUGGGGACGGAAUGCGAUUGGCAAACAGUCGGAGCCGUGUCUAUUUCAGGUGGUGCCAGCGGCCAAGCCGGGCGCUCUGCGCAAUUGUACGCUGCGUCCGUAUGUGGUGACCUCCGCGUCGCUGAAUUCAUCGAAUCAGACGACAAUGCAUGGCAAUCAAAUGCUGCAAACACAAUACGGCAGACACGAUGCGAAUUAUCCGCACAUGGAAUACGUACGUGAGCGCAAUAAUGCCAGCAAUAAUCGACGGAACAAUGUGGCUGCAUCAGCUGUCAAUAAUAAAAAUAUGAAAGGCAAAAGCAAAAUAAAUGCUGGCCCUGUUAAAUCUAAUAAGCAGCAGCAGCAGCAGCAGCAGCAGCAGCAGCAGCAGUCGGAGCAAAGAUAUCGCCUGAAUCAACAGCAAUUGCAGCGUCUAAAAAAGCGGACAUCAUUUACACCAUCGCAGACAUUGGCGGCCAUUGAGCGUGGCAAGAAGCAGCAGCAAUUGCUGCUGGCCAAGGCAGCUGCCACGCCCACAGUUGGCUUCAUCAAUAACAAAACUGAUGAAUUACUGGCCAAGCAGCCAAAGCAGUCGAACCUGCCACAGGACACCAAGCGGCGUCUGCGACGCGCUCCAAAACUGCUCAAGACAGCCGCAGCAGCAGCAACAACAACAACAACAGCAGCAGGCAAAAAGCUGCAACGUGCAGCAAAAUCAAAUUUAUCAUUGUCACAUAUAAAACAGGCUGAAAUAGUUGCUGGCUCGAAUGUCAAAAGCAACAACGGCAAACUGCCAGCAAAGUAUUUUAAUAAGCGACAGAAAAACAUGCACAAACAGCAGCAGCAGCAACAGCAGCAACAGCAGAAGCAGCCGCAGCGGCAACAACAAGGACUAAGCAGCGAGGUAAACGAGCACAACAUAAUCCAUCAUUUUGCAACAGCGAGACGAGGCAAGCGCCAAGCAGCAAAUGACAUUACAGCAGCAGCAGCAGCCACGCCAGCAGCAGCAGCAGCAGCAGCUGGCACAACAGCAACAACCAAGUCAGACUCAGACGAUGCCAGCAGCAGCAGCAGCGGGAGCGGCAGCAUUGGCAUCGGCGACAUUGACACAAUGCUGGCUACAAUGCGGGCACGCAAAUCUUUGGAGGUGAUUGGCAAUGAGAAAGUCAAGAACAGACUGUUGCCACCGAAUGCGCCACAAAUUAGCAACAAGCCGGCGGCAGCAGCGCAACAAAUGGCAGCAGCAAUUAGCAGCAACAAUAAGCAAGCAACAGCAGCAGCAGCCGCAGCAGCCGCAGCAGCCGCAGCAGCAGCAGUUGCUGUUGAAGUCAAGACAAACCUGGGCAAAGAUAGCGCGCCUUUGUCCACAGAUCCGGCGAGAGCUGAGCAGGCAGACAAUGAUGAGGACAAUGAUGAAGCUGAUGCUGAUGCUGAUGAGGAUGACGUUGCGAUUGCUGACGGAGAUGCUGAGGAGCUGCAAGCAGACAACGACGACGACGACGACAACUACAUGGCAGAUGAGCCCAGCGACUUGGCGGACUAUGAAACAGGCGACCAACAACAACAACAACAGCAGCAACAACAACGACAGCGACAGCAUGUUGAUAUUUCAAGCCUGGAGCAGCAGCUGGACCUGGAAUCAUUAGAGGAUGAUGAUGCGGAUGCCGAUGCCGAUGUCGAUGUCGAUGAUGAUAUCUACAAUGUUAGCGACGAUGAUUUUGUGGCCAGCGUGGCGCUGUCUACCGCAGAAGCAACAACAACAGCAACAACGACAACAACUACAGUGAAGCCGCAAUCAGAGCAACCAAAGCAACAACAGCCCCCCACAGCUCUGCCAGCCGAGUGGCAACAACCCCAUUUCGAUUACUCACGCAUGGAGUACAGCUUCAGCAAUGGCGUGGUCACUCAAAGUCUUAUUGGUGGCGGCGCCAAUGGAUACGAUGGCAACGCAGCGGCUGGCGGUGGCGGCGGGGGCGGAGGGGGGACCAUCAAUUUCGACAACUAUGACAACAUAAUAUACUCAACGAUGGAGCUGGAGUGCAUGCCCGGCUAUGAUGGCGGUCUGCAGCAACAGUUCUAUCUGGAGGCCUACGAUUCAAAGACCAAAAAGCUAAGAUUAAACAUGACCAGCACCUAUAUGGAUGUGCCAGUUUUUCGCAUCGAUCUGUCUGAUCUGACGCCGAUGGACUACUAUCCGGAUGCGCAUCCAGCGCUGCAUUUGGUCGUCUACAGCGUCAACCAGAAGGGACGCUCCGAGCCGAUUGUGCUGGAGAAUGUGCCCAUCAAUGAGGCGGACAAGCGUUCAGAUGGACGCAUGGGCCUAUCCAUAUUGCCGCUGGCCGCGCUGCUCACCGGGACCCUCUUCACCGUGGGCAUCGCCGUGUUGUUUGUGGUUGUCAUUGCGGUGCGUCGUCGCCGCUGCCAGGGCGCCCGGAAUUUGUGCGAUGACAAGGACAAGCACUUGGGCAUGGAUGUGACGGUGACGGCGCCCCUGGAAACGGGCGCCGGCCAUCAGCGACUGGUCGUCGCCUACACGCUCAAGCAGGGCAUCGAGAAGCAGCCGGACAUACUGAGUGCACAGAAAAGCGCAACUGGCAGCGACACAUCCUCGCCGCUGGGAAAUCGACAGAGUGGUUCGUUUAUGGGCGGUUGCAGUGGGCCAGCCACCAGCGGCGCAUCGGCGAGUCAUAAAACUGCCGAUUAUGAGGUGAAUGCGCCGCACCUGAAUAGCCCGCCCUCGCAGUCGAGCACGCUGAAACUGGAAAGUGAGAAUGCGGCGAAAAGUUACCAGACGCCAGCGGCGGCAGCAUCGCUGCUGUAUGAUGCCAUGCCCACGCUCAGUCGCUACGAGCAGCUGGGCCUGAACAUGGGCAGCUAUGCCGGCGGCACCGGCGCCGGCGGAGGUGGUGGUGCUGGUGGUGGGAUUGGCAGCAACAGUACGCUCAGCUCGGCCGGAAGCGUGGCGAACUCGACGAGCAAUGCGCUUGGCAAUGGCGGGCACUAUGCCCAGCAUAUGCAUCAUACGCUGCCCCAUGGUCUGGCCUCGGGCAGCCUGCCACGCGGACGUGAUCCGCUAACUUUGGCCGAUUAUCUGACCACCAGCAGCCUGAUUGACUAUAAUCUGAGCAAGUCGGCGGCCGUCACAGCAGCUCCGCUGCCCACGCACAUGACGCUGCCGAAGGGCUUGGGCCAUGUCGGCGGCAUGGCCGGCACAAGUCUGUCGCCCUCGCAGCUGACAACGAUUACACAGAAAUCGAAUGCCGGACGCAAUCACAUCAUCACGGACACACUGCCCGGCCCGGAGAGCUGCGUCUAAAGCUUGCGCGUGGACGGGCUAUCGAAUUCCUGGCAACAAACAAAAGACUGGCGCACAACAGAAACAGAUUUAAACAAAAAAAACCAAAAAAAAAAGGAAACAUAAAUCGAAUACAGAGGCAGCAGCAAAUGCAUUAGUUGAAAGUGAAAUACGUAUAGUAUAUAUAGAGCAUAUAGAACUAGGUCUAAACUUAACAAAAAACAAAAAACCAAAAAUACGUGAAAAAAACUAACUAUUCGUAACUAGCAGAGUUCGA